AAACAAGCAAAGCAAAAUAAGUCGAUAUUUGAACUAACAUGGCUGCCAAUCGGAAUAGCAAUGCAAACUGUGAACUGUCCUUGUGUCAGCCAUGCUUGAAUAUGGAUACAAUAACAGAUGCCAAUAUUUUUUGUCGAACUUGUGAUGAAUUGCAGUGUAUGGAUUGUUCAAAAGUUCAUGAAACACACACUUUCAUGAGAAGUCACACAUUAGUGGAUGCGAAUGAAUCAAACAUCGCACGAACAAAAUUUAAUAUGAAAGGAAUAGAUCAAUGUAUUCUGCAUCAGAAGGAUUUAGAGUAUUUUUGUGAAGAUGAGGAAACGCUUUGUUGCAGUACUUGCGCUAUUGUAAAUCACCGUAAAUGUCAAAGUGUUGUAGACGUCAAGGCUGCCGUUGAGUCAGACCGUAAAAGGUCAUAUGCAAAGGUCAAAUUACAGGAAGUUAAAGAGAAGGCAGAAAAAAUAAUAAAUAGCGUAGUCUGCUCUAAAAGGAAACUUGAAGAAGAUGUUACAGAUAUACCAGUAAAAAUAAAGAAAAGGCGGGAUGAAGUAAAUAAAAUGUUCGACGAAUUAGAAAUGUCCAUUGUUAAACAAGCUAAAUCUUUACAGACAGAAACAUUUGUAAAGCUUACAACAAAGCAGUUACAGAACGAGAAGUAUCUAGCCGAUAUAACAACGUGUCUAGAAACAAUUGAUGAAGUAUAUGAGAAUGGAACUUCGAUUGAGCAGUUUAUUGUGGAGGAGAAAAUGAAGGAAGAGAUCAACUUACUUCACACAAAUGUCGAUGAAGAAUGCAAAGGCUUAGAGACAAUGACGGUAAACUUUGCGUUUGACGAAGCAUUUAACCUGCCACCACUUCCUUUCGCUGAUUAUGUUUCAGGACAACUGAGUUUGAAAUCACAUCUGUCAGAGGCUGCCGGCAUUAUAACACCUGUAGACAAAGCAAUUAAAAUAACACCGGUAUGCUGUGUUGAUUUAAAGCAAAGUAAAGAUGACGAAGGCGAACCGUUUUAUACAGGGAUAGAUUUUCUACCAGAUGGUAGACUAGUUGUUGUGGAUAAUACAAACAAGAAAUGCCUAGUAUACAAUGAGAAGCUUGAGAAACUAGGAUCAUAUCAGUUAUCUUACAAGCCACUAUCUAUUGUUGCCAUAUCUGAUGAGGCAGUAAUGAUUACAAGUGGAAAUGCAUUGAGGUUAGACAUAUUACGUGUAAAUAAAUCAAAUCAGAUAAUUUUAAAUAGAACAAAAAUGGUAACCACAAAAUAUGACUCGAUAUGUGUAAACGAUGAAGGAAAUUUUGUCGGAGGGACAUAUGAUUAUUCAAGACCAGUUCGUAUUAUAUCAUUAACAGGAAAUGAAAAAGAUAUCAAUGCAAACUUCCCCAAAAAGAUAUAUCCAAUAGAAACAAGUGCUUGUACUUAUGAUAGAAAUACUGAGAAACUGAUACUCACAGACAAAUACGAGCAUACUUUGUACAUAUAUGAUACCAAGACAAACACGAGAGUCGUGGUGAAGGAUGAUAAGAUACAGGAGCCACGUGGUGUGACAGUUGGGCCCUUUGACACUAUUUUUGUUUGUAGUAAAAACACACACUCCAUUGUGCAGAUUUCUCAAACCGGUAGAAUCGUAUCGUCUCACAAGACGGAUAUGGAAUAUCCAAGAACAAUCUGUAUAUCAAGAGACAAAUCAUUUCUUGUUGUAUCAAACGCAUGUAAUGGCAAGAGAAAAUUACAGAAGUUACAGUUAACAUAUUGAUCACGUGAACAAACUUUAACUGCUUUAAUUGUAUGACAAUAUUAUGUUAGCAGAUAAUCAUGCUACGAUAACUUAAAAAGUACAAAGUGUAUUAUAUGUUUAACGUCCAGUUUUGAUAUGAGUGACACUGAACCUUGAUGGAAUGUUAUGUGGACCCAAAAAAGUAUAAAAUAUAUUAAAAUUGUGACAUGUAAAAGCAGUGGCAGACAAAAAUUGAGUGGGUAUCGGUUAUAAAGAACUUUUAUGAAACUUUAAUAUUUUAAGGUGGUGUGCUUUAUUAUUGCUCGUAUGUAUAUAUUGUAUACAUUUAUUGUGAUCGGUCGUACUUGAUUUUUGUUUGUAAGGAAGGAGAAGACAUUAUGAGCACUUGAUAAGAUACAAAUGCUCAUGUUUACAAGCAUUAAUGUACAUGUGAUUAUCCUAGCAUAAAUGUAAAUGAUAGUUUGCGCAUGCGUUCGGUAUGUGUUCGCGCAGAAUGUACGUGUGGGCGAAUGUUUGCGUUUGUGUAUACACGUAACUAAACAUGUGUAGGGCGACUGUGCCUAUAGUUUCUAUAGUUUUUGACUAGUCGUAUUGUACAAUAUUGUUAAGUUUGACACUUAAAUUGAAUCACAAUUAUAAUUUUAUUUAGGCAUAACUACAUUUUGUAAUUUAAUUUAGAAAUAAUAUUUGCUCCAUUUAUUUUUUCUUUUUACUUUUUUUGCAAUCAUGACAAUAUUUGGCACUGAUGCUAAAUUCAUUAUCAUAAAAACUGUUAACCGAUUGUAAAACAUGGAAGCUAACAGAAAAGGCAAAGUGUGCUCAGUACCUGUCUUUCAAUCUAGUUAUAGUAGAUUGUAGAUAAUCAUGACAUGCCCAGAGUUUCUUAUAUUGCACCAGUAUGUAGUAGAUCCAGAAAGAUGCCUAGAGAUCGAGUUAUCUAAAAACGCUCUUACAUUUUAUAACUUUUGAGUUGAAAUCCAUGUUUUUAUUUUGAACAUUAUAAAAAUGACACACCAAUUUUCAUCUUCUGUUACUGAUAAAGAAUAUCCAAUAAUUUCCAAAGUUGGUUGUCUUUUGAUUCAGAUAAAAUGUUAUCUUACCCAUUCCGUCCCUCCCGUAUUUAAGUGUAAUAUAUAUUACUGUCACCAUUUAGAAGGAAAGAAAAACAAUGUUAUGUUUAGUUUGAUUUUAUUGACAAAAAAAGGUAAUAUAUGUAAAGAGAGUUACAAAACAAUAGACUAAGUAUAAAAUCUAACGUAUAUGGCACAAAUAAUUGACUCACAAGUUCUUUCUACAUUAGCAACGGGUCUUCCCUUAUGUCAGUAAGUUACAAAACAUGUUAUUUAACAAUGACUAUUACUAAAAUAGAAGUAACAAAUCAUUAAGAUGUGUUGUACUCGACUUUGUUAUGUUUGAUAAGACUGUUUUAUGAUAAACACUAUGCUUGCUGUGACCUGAUGGUAAACAAAGAGUGAUAACUAUUAUAUAAUUGUCAUUUAAAUCCUUUAUUUGUGUUUUUGUUAUUUCCCUUUGAAAUAAAAUGAAGGAAAAUGUA